AUGGCUUCCACCACACAAUCAAUCGAUACCAGAGAUGCGACAUAUUUGCAACCAUUAAUCAACGAGGUCCUGUCAGACCACCUGCAAGGUGACGGUUCGCCGCCUCUCACGCGGGCCGUCCGCCUCGGCAACCUCGAGCUGGUCCGACACUUCCUCGACGAGGACCUUGUUGAGCAAGGCACCGGCAAUUGGCCUCUCUCCCUGGCAGCAAACCUUGGCCACAGCGACAUAGUCAAGCUACUUCUUGAUCGCGGCGCCGACGUCUAUCAACGUGACCCGUUGCUGGGCGAAGCCAUUGAGGCGGCGACACUCGCCCGGCACCCAAUCACGAUGCGCGUUCUGUGUGAAGCUGGCGCGCGAUUGGAUCACCUUUACCCCGGCGGCGACACGAUUUUGCAUCGUGCGGUGCAAUUGGGUGACCCCGGGCUUGUCAGGCUUCUUGUCAAUUCCGGGGCAGUCCUUGUACGGCCCGCGAGCGGUGAUGGCCAGACGGCUUAUUUAGAAAUGGUUGGCCUUCUUCUUGAGCUCGGGGCCGGUCAAGAGGACUCAAUCCCAUACGGGCAUAUGCCUCUUAUCCUAGCUGCACGUAAUGGCGAGGUCGCGAUCCUGAGACUGCUCUUUGAUCACGGAUGGGCGGCACUCGCGAUCGAGCAUGGCAGCAUAGUUCUCCAAGCUGUCGUCGGCCAAGGAAAGCUGGAAGCCGUCAUGUUACUCCUCGAAAUGGGAGUCAGUGCGGAGGGGCGUGAGAACGGCACCACGGCUUUACACCUUGCGGCCUUGGGAGGGCAUGUGGUCAUCGCAGAGCUGCUACUUGCAAACGGAGCAGACCUUGAGGCUGGUGAUGAUCAGAGGCAGACGACUCCACUCUGUACGGCAGUCAUGGCUAGGCAUGACCUGAUGGUUGAGUCUCUGCUCCGGAAUGGUGCCAAUCCUGCAGCUCAAAACCCCGAUGGAGCUUCCCCCCUCUCCCUCGCCGCAUUUGGUGGGCGCCUGGAUAUGGUGGAACUCAUGCUCGAACAUGGGCUGGACGGUGAAGGCAUGGCCGAAGAACGGGUCCGCCUAUUUCAACGGGCGGCGGUUCUUGGCCAUACUCACCUAAUCGAGCUCCUUCUUGACUCUGGGGUCGAUGUUGAUCACUUGCAUCACCCUGGCUGCAGUGCUCUUCACAUCGCUAUCGAGCAAGGACACACAGAACUGGCGCGGCUGCUGCUCGAUCGGGGCGCUUAUCCUAGGGCUAGGCAUCAAUUAUUCCAGUAUUCGCCGCUGCAUGUAUGCUGCAGACAGGACCAACCUGAGCUGGCACGGCUCCUGUUAGACAAGGGAGCCGAUCCAGGCGACGUGAAUGCCUACGGCAUGACCCCUAUGCAUUUUGCUGCAGAAAACAACUCUCUCAGCUGCAUCCGAGUCCUCUUCGAGUACUCGGCCGAUCUGAGCGCCGUGAGCAGUAUUCAGUCCACCCCUCUUACCGACGCGAUAUUGUCUAAUCACAAGGAGGCUGUCAAAGCACUGAUUGAGUGCGGGGCUGACCCCAAUAUCGCUCAACUCAGAAGCCCAUCCUUGGUUUUGGCUACUGGGCAAACGUCCAUGGUUGAGCUCUUGAUAGACCUUGGUGCCGACGUGUCGUUCCUUGAUCCAGCGGGGCGAACUCCCUUGCACGCUGCUGCUUAUGAUGGUCACCUCGAAGCAGCGAGAGUACUGCUGGAAAGAGGGGCAGACAUUAAUACGGAGGACUAUGCCGGCUACACCCCAUUAACUGAUGCUGUUGGACGAGGGCACUAUGAGGUUGUGAGGCUCUUGCUUGAUCGAGGAGCUGACCCAACUGUUCCAUCCAAGGCAAGCCCCUGUUCAUGCAUGUGGACGCCUCUGAAUGGAGCAGUAUGUUGUGGGAACACUAAGAUUUUGACUCAACUACUGGACGCCGUGGGAGUUCAUAACCUUCCAGUUAACCCAUUCGGAAGAUCUCUUAUAUUUUUUGCGGUAUCCCACGGUCGGUGUGAAGUAGUGAAACUUCUUAUCGAGAUGGACGAAAAUCAAACACACUUGCGAGACAUGUACGGAUCAACUCCUCUCGGUAUGGCAGUACGCCUCGGAAAGGAGGCGGUUGCUCAAUUAUUGUUUAAUGCCGCGCCGCCCUCUUUGGACGCUGAUGAAUUUCAUGGGAAAAGCCUUAGAUGGUGGCUGGACAACGCGGCGACGCCCAGUAUGCAGGAACUCUUCCGAAACCUCGAAGCGAGCACCGGCCCUCGAGAGGUUAAUGAUGAAGUCACUCACUAUGACCCUAGAUCUGGCGCGCAUUGCGAUACCUGUCUUAGGAAAAUGAGCAAUGCUCAGCCUCGGUACCACUGUAAGAUAUGUAUUAGUGGUGGUUUCUACAGUUGUGUUCAUUGCGUCAAAGAAGGGGGGGAGUGCUUGGACCCAUCACAUGAAUUACUGUACCACGCUACAUCUCCUUUUGAGACGCCUCGUUAG